UUGUGACUUGUGACUUCUUCAAGCUGCAACAGCCUGUGAUUUCUCGACAUAUUUCAAUAUUGCAGUGCUUUAUAUCUCAUUUACUACCGAUAUCACAAAGUUACACUCCUGAUACUCACUCUAUAGUUUCAGGUGAGUAGAAGUGGACUUAAAAGGAAAAACAAUGUCCCUUCCCGUUUAUGACGCUUAUGUACUCUGACCCGAAUCAGGUUAUAACCGUGUAAGCGGCUAAGGUGUCAGUCGGAUCACAAAGUUGCUAUUCGAUCAACUGAACAAACCGAGAAAGUUUGCGUAAAGUACAGUAAGAAGUAUUUCUGAGUCAUGGAGCUGGUGAUCCGCCGCUACCGUCCCUCAGACAAGGACACGGUGCGGCGCCUGUUCAGCAGCGGCAUCAGGGAGCACAUCGGCCCAUGUUUUCAGAAUGCCAUGACCAGCCCUCUCCACCUCACUAUUACCCUGUCUCUGGGUGUGGUUGGAUACCUCCUGGGCUCUUUGUGCACAGCUCUGUUGCUGCCAGCAGCCUGGAUGGGACUCAUCUACUGCUGCUCCUACGACCUAUUCGCCAGGUAUGUCGCAGCGAAACUGAAGACAGACAUGCAGGACAUCGAUGGGAGCUACCUGAGCAGACCGGAUGACUGCUUUUGGGUGGCAGAGGCUGAGGUCGACGGGGCAACGCAGGUCAUCGGCAUGGUGGCUGUAUUGUGUGUAGAAAGUGGGAAUGAGAAGCAUGGGGAAUUGUUCAGAAUGAGCAUCUCGCCAACGUCCAGGCGGAUGGGACUGGGCCGCAGGUUGACUCAGACUGUGAUUGAUUUCUGCAAGGAGCGAGGCUUCUCCAAGGUGGUGCUAGAGACCACCUCCACCCAGAUGGCUGCUGUGGAUCUGUACAAAAAACUGGGGUUCAAACUUGUCCUCACACACACAGAGGUAUACUCUCCCUCCUGGGUGCUUGCGUUGGUCCAAGUCACCAUUUUAAAAAUGGAAAAACUUUUGUGAAGUUACAGUUUAGGGUUUGCCUCUGUGUCUUACUUUGUACCUCUGAAAGAAAAGCCUGUCUUAUAAGUGGCAGCUUUUCCGCUUACGUGGGGACCAAAAACGGUGUGAAUAAUUUGUGACAUCAGAGAAAAACAAAUGAAAGGCUUUAAUAUGUGAAGGUGUGAGGAUAUAAAAUUACAAUAUUGCAGAGUUAAUCAUUUUUGUUUACAGGUGGGGAUUGGUUAAAUCAUGCCAUUUCACUCUGAUUACAAUGCAUUCACCAUCAUUACGUUUGGUUGUCUCUAACUUAUUGAAAGUGGUUCUAAUUUCUUGUUUACACUUGUUAAAUGUUUAAUGCAUGAAAACUUAACAGUUUACUUCACCUAUUGAAUAUUAUUGAGUGUGUUAUUGAUUUGACAUGUUUCCACUAACUGUCUUUAUAACAACCAAUUUUAUUCCCCUGACAAAAAAUCUGAAAUAAAGAUGAUUUUUUCUAAUA